AUGGACAUGGAGCACACAGGACAUUACCUGCAUCUUGCCUUUCUGAUGACAACAGUUUUUUCUUUGUCUCCUGGAACAAAAGUAAAUUAUACCCAUCUGUGGGCUAAUAAUACUACUGCCUGGGAUACAGUUAUUCUAAACAAGAUGGGCAGAAACCAAAAUGAAAACAUUAACACAAACUCUGUAACUCCUGAAGUUGAUUAUAAAGGUAAUUCUACAAACAUGCCUGAAAUAGCAACAUCAUCUCACUUCGUAUCUUUAAUUCCAAAAUCUGAACAAGAGCUUUAUACACCUUCUGUUGUCAGGAACAGGUCUUCAACAGUACAGAACAUUGAAAACAUAAGCAAAAGUCCUGGUGAAAUUUUCAAAAAGGACGGCUGUGAGGAAAAUAACAACAACAUGGCUAUGCUAAUUUGCUUAAUUAUAAUUGCAGUCCUUUUUCUUAUCUGUACCAUUCUAUUUCUAUCAACCGUGGUUCUGGCAAACAAAGUCUCAUCUCUCAGAAGAUCAAAACAAGUAGGCAAGCGUCAGCCUAGAAGCAAUGGCGAUUUUCUGGCAAGCAGUGGACUAUGGACUGCUGAAUCAGACACUUGGAAAAGAGCAAAACAGCUCACAGGGCCCAACCUAAUGAUGCAACCUACUGGAGUGCCCACAGCUAUAAGGGAAAGAAAAGAUGAAGAAGAAACUGAAAAACUUACUAACAGAUGCUUUAGUGAAGAAAAAUGCAAAGUAGCAAUGAAAAAGGUUAUGGAGUAA